AUGGACCAUUCAAGGUUUACUAGCGGUGUGAAUAUUCCGGCUGUUACCAGUAAUACGGAUAACGAUGCUGCAAAAAUAACUAAGAAGAGGAGGAAGGCAUCGGUUAACAAGAAACGUAAACCGAUUAAAUCGUGUGCUUUCUGUAGGAGGAGGAAGUUGAAAUGUGAUCAAAGAAAGCCUAUUUGUUCCAGUUGCAAAUCUAGAAAUUUCCAAGUUUGCAUGUAUACAGACGAAUCACUGAACAGUAAUGACAACGAUGCAGUAGAGUUUUCUUCACCCUAUGGUUCAGCUCCUUCUUAUAGUACUAACGUCAGAACCAGCGUAUUGAACCCUUUCAGAAAUUACUAUUUUUUGCAUUGUAAGUCUACUGGUAGACAUAUUUUAUAUUGUCCAACGUCAAGUAGGACAUUUUUUAUGAGAAAUAAUUGGGGGUUCAUGGAAAAAUUCAGACAACUGUGGGGUAAAGUUAAGAUUGAAAGGGAUAAAUGGAAAGAGAAAAAUUACUCUAAUGGUGAAAAAUUUAAUGAAUUAGAAGCUAUUGAACUCAAGACUACAGAUUCCAUGUCCUCUAUUGAGGAGAUUGUCACGACUUUACCAAGAUUCUCCAUUUGUGUGGAGUUAGUCAACUCAUUUUUUGAUCCUGCAAAUAUUGAACUAUAUGCAAUCAACGAAGCACUUGAUAAGUACAAAGUCUUAGCAGACUUAUCAGUCGCUUUCAUAAGUGACAAUGACAGGAUUGUAAAAUUAAAGCCUUGUCAUAAAAAAAAUUAUUACAAGAUUGGUGUUAUUGUAAUGAUCUUGGCUUUAACAUACUUCAGACGAGAACUACCAAAACCAAUUCAAUANNNAUUUAUGGUAAAUUUAACCGGCGUAUCAACAUCAAAAGUCCUUUACAUUGAGAGGUUACAUUUCCUUUUGUUAAGAUACUAUUAUAAUAACCUUUACGCCGCAGAGGUAGAAGAAUUAUUUUUAAUGAAUUUAACACAUGCGCUUACGAGUUCGGCUGUAGCAAUGGGUCUACAUUUGAAUAUAAAGACUACCUUCCGUAAUGAAGAAAAAUGUUUUGGAAGCUUAUUGUCUGUAGAAAAUCUUUGGUCAUGGAUAUUGUUUCUCGAUUUUAAGACAGCACUGGAUGCCGGUAGACGUUUAAGCAUAGCCUGCGAAGAUUACUAUGAUUAUGAUGAAGUUGACUCCAAAGAAUUUUAUGACCAAUUUGAGAAAAAUCAUUAUCCAUUCUCUAGAAAAGAUAGUCCGACCUCUGUACAAAGUAGUUCUUCCACUUACAGUUCAACGAUUCGCGCUUUUAAUACAGACAAUACAUUUUAUGGGAAAGUAAGGCGAUUUUUAAAAAUUGCCAAACCAAUGAUCUCUGAGAUUCAUUCCAAAACUGGAGUGCCAAAUUUAGUCAACAAUUGUGAAGUCUUGCUGAAGUUCAUAGAAACCGAAUUUUUGGCGAUGGAGUAUUUUACAGAUAAAGACCUUGUCUUAUCUGUGCCUUCUAGUGGCAUUAGUCUAAUGCUAACAAUAUUGGGAAUGCUAUCUACUUUUUAUUCUUUGAAUUUUGUUAUAUUAAGUGACAGAUCAAUCUAUCUUAAAAAUAUGGCCUCUCAAGUUAAUCUACUAAUAUUUUUAAUCGGUAAGAACUUUAUCGAAAGAUCUAUUAAGUUGGAUCAAAACGAGUUCCCGGAGUUCUUCAACAAAGAUUGUAAAGUACUACCGCCAAAUCUGGUUGUAACUUCAUCUAUUGCCACUGGUUUGGUUGAUAGAACGCUAUGCAUCUUCCAUGCUUUUUUGUACCUAAAAAUUACACUAUUUGAAAAUGGUAUCUUUAUCUCGGGUGAUAUGGUAGAGAUGACGUGGGAUUGCACUACUUUGAAAGUACCGACUGAUAAAAUCUAUUUCUUUUCUGAAUUCAAGAUUUAUAAAGAUAUAUUUGACGAAUGGGCUGAGAAUGCCGCUAUGAAUAGUCUCAUUAGAAGAUCAUACCUUUUCGUUCUCAUGAGGAAACUUGAAAAGGUUUAUAGAAGAGUGGUGGAAAAUGCUUUAGAGUAUAUGAAUAGGGUUNUAACAAAUCUGGCUUUCCCCAUAAUCAUAGGGAUGGCGGAGAGAAUCGUUGUGUCACUUUCUCACAAAAUGUUUGAUCUUAGUACAGAAAGGAAACAAAAUGAGCUGCAUGUAAAUGAUAAAAUUACUAAUUUUAAACCCGAUACAGUGGAACAAUCCUACGAAUACGAACCACAAGUGUCCUCGUCAAAUGUGAAUGCUCCACCUCCAUUGACGGUGUACCAGCUAUACAAGCAGCAAAAAGAUCAUUACAGGCAUCUAAUGGAUGCUGCACCGCUGGCAAAGGUACCACUACAUGCGAAUGCACAUCCCGAACAGGCAAUUGAGUCGAAACAAGCUAAUAAUAUUCAUCAAUCAUAUAAUUUAACUGAUGCUAAUUCCGACAAUGUGCACGAAAGUGCACUUGCCCAAAUGCUAGCUGAUGAAUUUUGGGCCACUUACGAUGCUGCUUGGGAAGAACUUUUAAAUGGAGCGGAUAACAGCUUGUUCUUCAACGACUUAUAA